UUACGUUGGAAGCUAGCUGGCUAACUUAGCUAGCCAAACAGCUUUCCUUCUAAAAAGAAAAAUGUCUAAAAUAGAGUACUUGAGAGUGUUUCUCAACCAGAAAUUGAUAGCGGCAGCUGAGGAGAUAUUUGGUGUCGUUGAAGAAACGAUAGCAGAGUACCAGGAAGAGGUUUCUCGCACAAAGGAGGAGAACAGGCAUCUACGGAGCAUGCUGGAUGUCCGUACUAAGCCAGAUAUCAAGUUACAUAGUCAAGCAGACCUCCAGCAGCUCACUGUCACCGUGUCUGAUGAGGUGAUUUCCCUUGAGCAGCAGGAGUGGAGCCCCAGUCUGGGGCAGAAGGACCCAGAACCCACACAGAUGAAAGAUGAACAGGAGGAACCAAGGACCAGUCAGGAGGAUGAGAAUCAUGUCAAUGAGUUUAUCAAUUCUUACGGCUGUGUAUCAAGUGGCUAUUAUCAAGACCCAACUCAGUCCUCACAUGGAGAGAGAUACUCUCUACCCAGCACCUCAACUGAACAGAUCAAAACAGAACCUUAUGUAGAAGACUAUGGCGUAUCAGAACCAACCAGAGAGUCUCAGCCCUUCUCUGCAGUAGAUACAGAGUGUUCUGCAGCUCAGAGUGAAAACAGAGGACAUAUUGACUGGAUGGAGACUGGAGGACCUCUGUCAGGUCUAACGUUAAAGCCACUCAAAUCAAAGAGAACAAAUACGGUAGAAGGACAAAGUUCUCAUAUCAGUGUUAAGGACAGGAAAUUGAACCAUCUAAAAUCACACUCAAGACCCAGUGUAAGCUGGGAUGCUGCUCCUAGUUGUAAGGUAUGUGGAAAGCAAUUUGACUCCAUGGUUUCUUUAUUAAAUCAUGUGCAAACGCACGCACAGGAUAAAGAACAUCUUUGUGGUGUGUGUGGAAAAUUCUGUCAGUCCACAGAAAGAAUGAUAGAUCACCUACAAACUCACAUCGGAGCAAAGUGUUGUCAUGUUUGUGGUAAAUAUUUUGCUUGGGAUACUUUCCUGAAAAGGCAUUUGAGGAGUCAUACAGGGGAGAAGCCGUUUCGCUGUCAUGAUUGUGGCAAAGGAUUUACUCAGCGCGGACACCUAAACUUACAUAUGAGGAGCCACACAGGGGAGAAACCACAUCAAUGCCAGGAUUGUGGCAAAGGAUUCAGUCAGAGUGGAAACCUGGCUGUGCAUAUGAAGAGCCACUCUGGAGAGAAACCACAUCACUGCCCUGUUUGUGGCAAAUGUUUCAUAAGAAACCCUGAUCUGACAGUGCACAUGAGGACUCAUACAGGGGUGAAACCAUAUAAGUGCCAGUAUUGUGGCCAAGGAUUCAAGCAGAAUUAUAACCUGAAACUGCACAUGAAGAUCCACAUGGAAAAAAACAUAUCAUUGCCAUCUUUGUGACAUGUAUUUCAUCACUAUCACCCAGUCAACCUGGCAUGAGAUUUCACAUGGUAGAGAAAGGCGUCACUGCCAUGACUGACAGA